AUGGGCCCUAAGCAGAAGGGCGGAGGCUCAAAGCCUAAGGCUAAUACUGCGGAUGAGGUAGAGGAUACGCUUCAGGCUGUGGUCCUGGCGGAUACCUUUGAGCCACGAUUCGAACCGUUUACCCUCGAUAAGCCUCGUUGUUUGUUGCCAUUGGCCAAUACGCCAAUUAUCGAAUAUACACUCCAGUUUCUGGCAAAUGCAGGUGUAGAGGAGGUCUUCCUUUACGCGGGUGCGCACUCAGAUCUAUUGGAAAAAUACAUCAACGCUUCAAAAUGGAGAGCUGCCUCUUCCCCCUUCAAGCAGUUCACUUUCCUUAAAUCUACAUCCGCCUCCGUCGGCGAUGUUAUGCGUGACCUUGACGGAAAGCAUCUUAUCACAGGCGACUUCAUCGUUGUAUCCGGUGAUGUUAUCAGUAACAUGCCCAUUGAAGGUGCACUCACUAAGCACCGCGCACGCCGUGAAAAGGACAAGAACGCUAUCAUGACUAUGGUCCUGAGGGAAGCGGGACGGAACCACCGCACAAAAUCCUCUUCUGUUUCACCUGUUUUCGUUAUCGAUCCUACGAAAGAUAGAUGUCUUCACUAUGAAGAGAUUGAUCAUCACUCUAAUGAAAGACCUGCGCGUGUGAACGUUGAUACUGAGAUCCUUCUUACGCACCCUGAGCUGGAUAUCAGACAAGAUCUUAUCGAUUCUAGCGUGGAUAUUUGCACGCCUGAUGUUUUAAGCUUAUGGUCGGAUAGUUUCGACUACCAGUCUCCGAGAAAGCAUUUCCUUUUCGGUGUUUUGAAGGACUACGAGCUGAACGGGAAGACUAUCCAUACACACAUCAUUAAGGAUGAUUAUGCUGCGCGCGUACGGAACCUUAAAGCCUAUGAUGCUGUUAGCAAGGAUAUUAUUUCUCGCUGGACAUAUCCUUUGUGUCCUGAUACCAACCUUUUGCCGGGUCACACUUAUGCUCUUCGAAAGAGUAAUCUCUACCAGGAACAGGGCGUUACAUUGGCGCGAUCAUGUGUCAUUGGUCGUCGUACUGUUAUCGGUAAGGGAACUAGUAUUGGUGAUAAGACUACUGUUCGCGAUACCGUGCUUGGGAGAAACUGUAAGAUCGGUCGUGGAGUUAAGCUGCAGGGCGCUUAUAUCUGGGAAGGUGUUAGUAUUGGUGAUAAUACCGUUGUGAACGGGGCGAUUAUUGCUGAUGGUGUUGUUAUUGGGAAGAAUUGUACCGUUGCUGCUGGCGCGUUGGUUUCACACGGUGUUAAGAUUGCGGAUGGGGUGGCGGUUGAGGCUGGGAAGAGAAUUACUAAGUCCCGCCGAGAUGGCGGUGUUGUUACUACUGAUCCUAAAGUUGUGGGUGCAGAUGGUGAAGGUCGCGAGUUCAUUCAGGGUGAAGAUGAGGAUGAUGAUGAGGAUGAUGAUGAUGACGAUGUCAGCGUUGCUUCAUCUGGUCUUGUUUAUCGGAAUCCAGAAGCAUCGUCAUCCUCCGCAUCUAUCUCAACACUGUCUUCUGAUAUCUCCGAUUCAUCCUGGCCACACUCAGCACGAAGCUCCUUCUCUAACGCUGAGGAACAAGAUACUUUCCACAACGACGCAUCAGUCAGUAUCUUCGAUUCUCUCCGUGACGGUGUCACCGCAGACGUCGUUCAACUGGAACUCGUCUCUCUCCGCAUGACAGCAAACGCUUCAGACAACCAAGUCCGUCGCGCGAUCGUCUCCUCAUUUAUGAAAUAUAUCUCUCAGUUGAUGGAGUCCGGAAAGAAUGCUGGUGUCGCUGUGCAUGAUGUUUUCUCUACUUAUCGAGAGGUUGUGGAUCGGACGCUCUUCGAUCGGAAUAAGGAGUUGAAGAAAGAUCAGGUUGACUUUCUACUUCAGUUGCAGGCCGAUCUUGUGCAUCGGAGUAAGGGGGGGAAUAUACUGCUGUUUGCGGCGAAGGAACUCUAUGAGCUUGAGCUUGUUGAUGAGGAGGCGUAUGAGCAGUGGUGGGAUGAUGAACGGUCGAGUGAGAGUGAGGAGAUGAGGAGUGUGCGCGCUCAGGCGCAGCAGUUUGUGGAGUGGUUGGCUAAUGCUGAGGAGGAGGAGAGUAGUGAGGAGGAAGAGGAGGAGGAGGAAGAUGAAAGCGAUGAUGAGUAG